CUUCAGGACCCGGCUUUCGCCUGUCAUCUCUCGUCUCGUCUCUCGAACCAGAAACACGACGACCCCUCAGAAAACCGAGUUAGGGAUCCUGAGUGGACUCACUCGUCAGCUGAUCCAUUCAUAGUUGCAACUUGCAAUCUUCCUUCACACUCUACCUCUUCUUCUCUUCCUCCACAGAUGUCACAUUCAAGGGAAGGAAGGCGUGGACCCUCGAAGUCUCCCUCACCACGUCCCUCGGCGGCUUCUUCUCCUAGAGCUCGAAGGUCAAGAUCAUUGUCCCGGUCACGAAAAAGUCGCUCCAGAUCAAGAAAUAAUCUCUAUGUGACUGGUCUAUCCACUAGGGUUACCUCCAGUGAUCUUGAGAAGUUCUUUGCUAAGGAAGGGAAGGUGGUGGAGUGCAAUCUGGUGCUUGAUCCUCGCAGCAAGGAAUCCCGUGGAUUUGCUUUUGUCACCAUGGAAACCACCGAGGCUGCUGAGCGCUGUAUCAAGUACUUGAACCGUUCUGUGCUUGAAGGACGAUUGGUCACAGUGGAAAAGGUUUGCUAUGUGUAACUUCAUCAUCGAAUUCACCAUCUAAGCUCUCCUAAACAGUUGAACCCCAUCAUCCCUUCCGCAAUCACCACGAUAUGAGUUCCGCAUCGACUUGUUGAAUUCCCCGUCGAUAUUGAUUCAAAUCGAUCAACUGUAUUUGCGGAGGGCUAAAAGGUCUCGUGGCAGGACACCAACUCCCGGGAGGUAUCAAGGUCUGAGAGAGCGACGAGGACGUGGUGGUCAGAGGCGCUCGCGUAGCUACUCGCCUCGUAGACGUGACCACCGAGAGCGAGAGAGGGAUCCAUACCCAAGGGAUCGACGAGGCAGAUCGCGAUCACCUUCUGGAAGAAGAAAAGAUGAUCAUCAUGACUCGCAUAGGAGGCACAGGGAAACUUCACCCUCAGCAGAUCGGAGCCACCGUAGGUAGACAGACAGAUGACCGGUGGGGUUAAGAUGAAAGAAUCAUCCCCUACCUACCGAGCUACUGCUAUAUCCAGUCUUGUUUACUCUGCUCAUCUUAUCAGGAUCCAAUUUAUUGGGGGAAGCCCUUAAGAGUUAAGACCAACUGGGUUUAGGUUAUGUUUGUAUACUCAUUUUGUAUCCGUAGGAUCUUUGGCGAAGCUUUGUAUCUCUUCUGUUCAUCAUCUGCAGUAGCUCUAUCAUCUAACUUGGGGAUUUCUGGUUAUUUUCUUCUCUUCAUCCUCCUUGCUACGAGGCUUGGAUAAUGGUUAAUAUGAUCAACGCAGAGCAGUAAAUUCUUAAUAA